AUGCGCCCAAGUACCAUCGCAGCUCUGGCGCUAUUGUCCGCUUCGAGCUUGCUUCAGGGCGUGAUGAGCGCGCAACAGACCGGGCAGCUCGCCACCGAGUACGCGCUUUACACUUCCAGCUACUCAGGGGAUGUGUGAGUGCAGGAAGAUUGCUAACUUUCCUCCUAAGGAACAAGCCUUGGCCAGUGAGCGGCUGCAAUUACAAUUUGGCUGAGACUGACAGCCAGCCCUGUCCCUGAUCGGUGGCCUUCAAAACAGCAAGAGUUUUACCUUCCGCCCGCCUGCCGGUCUCGCACAGAUUGGCAAGGUAGGAAAUGAGACAACAGGUGGCAAGCCCUCGUGGCUGACGUUCGGAGGCAAGCUGGAGCAGUCCCAUAUCAUCUACGCCACGAAUGAGGCGACGCCUGGCGAAGCGAUAGUGCUCAAAAGUGAAGCUGACGGACAGCUAACAGCUUCGGGUGGCAUCAGCCGCACCUCCACGGGCGGCAAUGGCCCUGUAGCCAGUGAUUUGGUCAAAGCACAGCUGUUCGUUGGUGAGCCGAUGCGGGAAUAUGGUUUUGAUAUUUUACGCGAAUCGGGGUUUGGCCCGAUGAGUUAGGCGAGCUGAAACUUGCUAGCGUCUUCUGCGUUGCGCGUUGCGCGUCCAUUACGACCCGCUGCGCCUUGCCGACGACACUUAGCCAACUACGACGGCGGGUCAGCAGCCGUCCUGCCGCUAUCUCCGGAUGGAGCUGCGUUUCCUCCAGCCAAGGUCUUCAACUUUACACGCUCAGGGACUGGUCCAGUCACCAAGCGUCAAAAUGCACCGUAUGCGCAUGAUGCCGUCGCUGACCCUGACGGCAAAUUCGUGUACGUCCCCGACUUGGGCAGCGAUGUGAUUAGGACCAUCAAAGUCGGCGAGAGAGCGGACCUGGCCGAGUUGUUGGCUGAGACUCCUGUCGAGCCUGGCAGCGGCCCUCGACACCUCAAAUUCGUUCGAGAUGCCAAGUACGACACACAUGGUCACGGCGCUAGCGCGAAUGGACAAUUGCGACGCCAUUCCCAUGACGUCAAGCACGUUGCAUAUCUGACCAGCGAAUUCGCCAACACAGUGACCGCAUUCACACAAGACCCGCAGACUGGCAAGUUGUCGCAGAUCGGUGCACCCAUCCUCAGCGUCCCUCCUGGCACGCAACUGGGUGGCGACGCUGAGAACGGACCAGCUCGAACGUUGGCAGAGGUCCAAACCUCGGUCGAUGGCGCGCUGGUCUAUGUCAGUAACCGCGGCGACUCUACUCAGGAUCAUAUCAGCGUGCUGAGACGCUUGCCGAACGACCGCCUCGAGUGGCUAGCUUGGUAUCCAUCUGGAGGUCGCAACACCCGCCACGUGAGUCACUUAGCUUCCUCGUCUCGUACCAUACACGCUCGCAAUCGAUUCAUAUGGUACGUCCCACACUGCUAUUGACUUCAUGACCUAUCGUUUCUUCGCAGUUCUCGAUCUCUCCAGAUGGUCGCUAUCUAGCCACAGCAAACCAGGCCAGUGGCACGCUUGGUGAGUUUCGUUUUGCAAGCAUAACAAAGCGCAUCGCUCAAGGCUACUCGACUCUUGCGCCAACAGCCAUCCUCAAGAUCGACGGAGAGCAGUUGUCAGUUGUCGCAAAGCUCGAAGAUCAACAACAAAUCAAUUUUGCUGGCUUUGCUCCUUGGUAA